AUGACUGCCGCGUACUGCGAAGCAGCGAAAUGCAUGCAGGCUGCCAGCGCCAGGAAAAAGCCAAGCCAUGCUGCCAUGCUCAUUGUGUUUCUUUUCUGCUACGGCAGCCGCCGCCAGCCAGUCAGGCCCGUCGACAAUCCGGGGUGCCAGGCCAAGCCCCCAGGGCCUCCCUCCCUGCCAGCAAACCAUCGCAAGGCCCUCAUUCGCUCCUGGCGCCAACACAAGUCUCGCCUGUCUGCCAGGUACACGGGUACCAGCAGCGCUGGCCAGCCGCCGGAGAACUCUGGGCCUCAUUGA